AUGACAGGGGGUUUUCAGGGUGCCCGCGACGAAGGCAGCAUUAUCUUUCACGAGAUAACAUCAUUGGAAGAGAAUGGUCUUAGAAUCAGCCGAGGAAAAACUGAGCACGUGUCCUGCAUAUUCGAUAGUACAACCGACGACACCCAACUUAAAUUCUAUAUUAAUAAUACUCGUAUUCCCACAGUAAAGCAAUUCAAAUACCUCGGAUCGAUAAUAAGCAACGAUGGUAAAAUUGAAAAUGACGAUGACGUGACUUAUCGUACUACAGCUGGCUGGAAUAAGUGGAGACAGCUUACAGGCGUAAUGUGUGACAGAAGAAUACCCCUAAAGAUCAAAGGGAAACUAUACAAAACUGCAAUCCGCCCUGCCAUACUGUAUGGUACGGAAUGCUGGGCCGCUACCAAAAAGCACAGCACAAAGUUACACACCACUGAGAUGCGCAUGUUACGCUGGUCAGCGGGCGUCACCCGCCUCGACAAAAUCAAGAACGAGUAUGUUAGAGGUAGUUAUGGAAUCACCCCCAUCGUUCAUAAAUAG